CGCCGCCAUCUUGGGGCGGUGCGCGAGCCCGAGAAUGACACCCGCAGGCCGCCAUCUUGAAGAGGUCAGCUUUUAGGACCGCCCCAUAAGUGAUGUGGGCAUAUAUAUCAGCUCCCCCUACGUCUUACAGCUAGCGAGUAGUACAGGCCAAUUUGUGCGUGUGUUCGGGACCCCGAUGAGUAUGCCGCACUUCCGGCCAGGUCGCCGGAUAUCCGUCGAGUGACCCUUACUAGUCCUUAAACCUCAAGUGGAGUAGCUACCCUUGUUGCUCUUGUUGAAUCCCAAGCCGACUCCCGACAUGGGACUCGAGGACGAACGAAAGAUGCUCGCUGGAUCCGGAGACCCCAAAGCGGAAGAAGAGGAGGAAGAAUUAGUGGACCCCCUAACAACAGUAAGAGAGCACUGUGAGCAGUUGGAGAAGUGUGUAAAGGCCCGGGAACGACUAGAGUUGUGUGAUAAGCGCGUGUCUUCCCGAUCACAGACAGAAGAGGAUUGUACAGAGGAGCUCUUUGACUUCUUGCAUGCUCGGGACCACUGUGUGGCCCACAAACUCUUUAAAAACUUGAAGUAAAUGUACAGAUUCAUUUGCCUUGUCACUGGGAAUCAAGAACAGUUCCUUGUUGUGGUUUUGAACAAUUGUUUCUUGAAAACCUAAUUGAUUUUUGGUGGAUAGCUUCUCUUCCGUGUAAUUAGCAGUGAUUCCAUCUUAAUAAACUGGCCUGCAAACUUGC